AUGGCAACAACCAUGUUUCAACAAAAUGAGGCCAACUUCAAAAACAAAGUAGAGGAAUUCAAUGAUCUUUAUAAAUAAUAUGCACUUACUCAAAGCAAACAAUUAGUAUUUGAGAAGAUGAAACUUGUUUUUGUUCAAGCUGAAUAAUAAUUCAAAUUUAUGGAAAUUGAGUUUGGAUCUUUCACAGAUCUGCAUUAAAAGGACUUUGCUUAAAAAAUGAAAUCUAACAAACUUAUUUUUGUGGAAUGCCAAAAAAAACUUAGAGAUUUAUAAUCAAAUCUUGAUAAAAUGCCCUUAUCAAAUGUUAGCAGCAAUAGUAAAAAACAAGCACCAUCACCAAUUAGAGGACCCAAUUAAGAUCUGCAUACAUAAGUGAAAUAGCUAGACACUCUUGAUUCUCGCUUAUUAGAAGCCGAGGAUACCUAAUUAACCAUUUUAGAUAAUAUACGCAAUCAAAAAGAGAAGUUACUCAAAGCCAUUGAAGAUACCAAAGAAAUUCAAGUUGGAGUCAAAAUGACUUAAAGACAUGCAACUAUGAUUAAGAAUCGUCAAUCUUACAACAAAGGAAUCCUACUAUCGUUAAUAUGCAUCUUAACCAUAGGAAAUAUACUUAUUUUAUAUUACAAAUUCAUGAGUUGA